UUGCGGUGGGUGAGGGGGCGGGGCGCGCCGAUUAGAUUAGUGAAAUUAGCCCAUGUGGCACAGCAUCAUUCGAGACUGCGACUGAGACGGCGGGAACUGAGAGGAUCUUUCGCAGGAUUCGCCGGCGCCUGAAAGUCCAGAUCAAUAAAGGAGUUGAAAUGUAUAAGAUACCCGCCCAGAUGAGCAACCUGUGAAGUACACAAAAAAAUCAAUGCGAAAACGAGUCAUCAAAAUGCCUGCAGUAAAAUUAAAAGAAUUUAAUUCAAUUCAUUCGGGAUGCAGCAGGCAGAGCCAAAAUUCCAUUGAGUACCCGUCAGCAAUUAAAGCCGGACUCAAGAACCGUAAACGGGUCGACGGAUACGACUCCUGGCGACCUGCAACCUAUUGCUUAAAAAGCAAUGGCCGAAUUAAUCGUCAUGAUGUUAAUAACAGUAAAACUUUAUGUUUGCUGACUCUGACUUUGAUAUUAUCGGUGGACCGAUUUUGCAUGGGAACGGCAGUCGGAGGUCCAGAGUCAGCUGAUGCCCGAGUACCGAUUGAAGGGCUCUUUGGAGGCAUGGCGAAUUCGAAAAUCGGAACAUGCCAGCAGCCCUUGGGCAUGGAGUCUGGCGUCAUUGCGGAUUUUCAAAUAUCGGCUAGUUCGGCUCAUGAUAUGGGAAAUGUGGGUCCUCAGCAUGCCAGACUUAAGGUCGACAUUAACGGAGGAGCGUGGUGUCCCAAGCACAUGGUAUCACGAGAGCUGAAAGAGUAUUUACAAAUCGACCUACUAAAUGUGCACCUGGUCACCGCCAUACGAACUCAAGGUCGCUUUGGCAAAGGUCAGGGACAGGAAUAUACUGAAGCAUAUGUCCUCGACUACUGGAGACCGAGUUUUGAAAAAUGGAUUCGAUGGAGGAGCACUCAAGGCAAUGAGAUACUGCCCGGCAAUAUAAACACCUACAGCGAGGUGGAGAACGUGCUGCAGCCCAGCAUCUUCGCUUCGAAGGUGCGAAUCUAUCCCUACAGCCAGUACGAUCGCACCGUUUGCCUGCGUGCCGAAAUAGUGGGAUGUGCCUGGAAAGAAGGAAUUGUGUCCUACAGUAUUCCCAAAGGUAUGCAGCGAGGCAUGGAAAUCGAUUUGUCUGAUAAGACUUAUGAUGGCCACGAGGAGAAGGAUCAUUAUAAGAAUGGCUUGGGCCAGCUUGUUGAUAGUCAGCGGGGCAAGGAUAACUUUCGCAUCGAUACAAGUGGCUUUGGCAAAGGCUACGAAUGGAUUGGCUGGCGGAAUGACACUUUGCUUGGCCGGCCUGUAGAGAUCACAUUCGAGUUUGAGACAGUUCGGAAUUUUAGUGCUGUGGUUAUACACACGAACAACAUGUUCUCCAAAGAUGUUCAGGUCUUUGUCCACGCCGAUAUAUUCUUCAGCAUUAGCGGACGUCAGUUCUCAGGGGAGGCGGUGCAGUUCUCGUACAUGCCCGACCUGGUGUUGGAUCACGCUCGCGACGUCACAAUCAAAUUACAUCAUCGCCUGGGGCGCUUUCUGCAGUUGCAUUUGUACUUCGCUGCCCGCUGGAUUAUGCUCAGCGAGAUAUCGUUUAUUUCAGUGCCUGCUGUCGGUAACUUUUCAGACGAUGAGCCUCCCAAAGCGUCUCCGCCGAAUGGCGUCAGUCAGUUGGACACCACCGAGUAUCCGCUGCAGCGCGAUGAAGUCGGACGACCGGUGAGCAGCGGAGGCGAACAGAGCCAGCACACCACUCAAGUUAUCUCUCCGAAACCCAUUGACCACCAGGAACCACCGAAGAGUUUCGUGGGCGUCAUUAUCACAGUGUUGGCCACAAUUAUCAUGCUACUAGUGACAUUUAUAUUGUUGAUGGUAGCUCGUAGCAAACGCUCCCGCGGCAGGGACAACGUGCUGGGAGCGUUUCAACACAAUUUCAACACGGACUCGUUGAACGGUAACGGUGUCCUGAAGGUGCUCCCGACAACGGAUGACAAUGAGUCGUCCAUUGACAAGAACAGUCUGUACCAUGAGCCCUUCAACGCGAACAUGUACACCAGUGCGGCCAGUGCUUGCCCCAUGAAUGACCUGCAGCGUCAGCAUGUAUUGCCGGACUAUACAGACGUGCCGGACAUUGUGUGUCAGGAGUAUGCGGUGCCUCACAUGCAGCAGCUGCUGCCCAAUCCUCCUACUUGUGGGUCAGAAUGUGGGCCGGGAUCGGGAUCGGGAACGGGAACGGGGUCGAGUCCUGAGGCUGUUGUUGCCGCUGGCGACGCCACCGCCAGUGCACGCAACUCUCUUAAUUUCGCCAAACUCCCGCUGCCCCCGCCCCCCGCACCCCCGCCGCCGGAGAAAUAUUACGCAGCCACUCCAAUUUGCAACAAACCCUUGGCUGUGCCGCCGCCGGGAUCCCAGAGCAGCGGGUCCCUCUGCUCCUCGACAACGGCAGCGACCAUGCCCACGUAUGUGGGUGUGGGCAAACCGCAUCAUUACAAUUCGGAUUUGAGCGCUAAUUUCACCGACAUUAACGAAGAGCGGGCGAAUUGCCAAGUGCAGGAGUUUCCACGUCAAUCGCUGGUUAUCGUCGAGAAACUGGGCUUUGGCGUAUUCGGUGAGCUGCAUUUGUGCGAAACAAAUGUGCUGAACGCCACCCUCGUGGCAGUGGCCACUUUGCGACCCGGGGCCAGCGAUACCCUGCGCAAGGAGUUUCGCAGCAAGGCCAUGCAGCUGGCGCAGCUGAGCGAUCCAAAUGUGGCCCGUUUGGUGGGGGCCUGUCUGCGGGACGAGCCUAUCUGCAUUGUGCAGGACUACUCGCACUGCCUCGGCGACUUGAAUCAGUUCCUGCAGGAGCACGUUGCCGAGAACAGCGGCCUGAUUAGCAAUAAAAGUCUGAGCUAUGGGUGCUUAGUCUACAUGGCGACACAAAUUGCAUCGGGCAUGAAGCAUUUGGAGCAAAUGAACUUCGUUCAUGGGGAUCUGGCAACAAGGAGCUGUAUAAUUGGGCCAGAACUAAGCGUCAAAGUUUGCUCCAUCGGAAGUGUGAUAAAUCGGACGGCCUAUGCAUCGGACUAUUGCCAACUCGAAAACUCCUCCGGAAGACAGACUCAGCCUAUGCCCAUUCGAUGGAUGUCUUGGGAAAGUGUUUUUUUGGGAAAGUUUACAACGAAAUCGGAUGUGUGGUCAUUUGCCGUAGUCCUUUGGGAAAUAUUGACUUUCGCCAAAGAACAGCCAUACGAACAUAUGAGCAACAAAAAUGUUAUUGAAAACAUUGGGCACAUGUACCGGAACUAUAAAAUGCAUGAACUUUUGCCCCUGCCUAUUAACUGUCCGCUGGAAAUGUUUGAUCUCAUGUGCGAGUGCUGGCAGCGCGAUGAGUCAAGUCGACCCAGUUUCCGGGAGAUACAUUUGUAUCUGCAGCGCAAGAACUUAGGAUUUAAGCCACACACUCAGACACAUAUGUAUUGAAAAAUUCGAUCUGUAAAAACUCAAAUUAAACUUGAUUUUAGCACAUCAUAAUUAAUUAAUAAAUAUUUCAAUAGUUACAUACGGUUUUUGUAAAUUAAAAACAAUGCAUGUAAACUAAUAUUAAUAACCCAGUAAACCCAAUGUUGUAUACCAAAAGGAAUACAUUUUUAUGCCAAGCCCUGAAUUUGAUUACAAUAGUUUACAAAAAUAAAUCGAUGAUUUAGUCCAGAGAUGAAAACUUUAUAACGUGUUAGAGAAAGUCGUAGAAAAUUGUAAUCCAAAUAACUAGUUUGCUGAAUAUUAUUGGUUUAUCAUAAAUCGAGAUGAAGAAAUAUAUUAAUAUAUUAUUAUAUCAAAAGUCACCGAAAACGAAAGCUUUCAUUUCUAGAGUAAAUUGUCGUUUUAGUUUUGUAAGCUUUUAAAAUUGAUAUAUUUUUUUUCAUCUUCAUCAUAUCAGAGUUAUAGAAUUUAUUUCGGUAGAACACAGGUAUCGGUAAAAAGUAGUCUAGUUCUAAAACCACAAUCAAUUAAAAGCUUAUUAAAUUCCUCAAAUAAUAGUCGUACAUAAAAAGUUUUUAUGUAAAUAAUAUUCGUAGAAGUAAAAUUGAAUCGAAAAAAAUGAGAACGUUGACAUAUGUGUGUACCUAUCGCUCCUCAACCUGAACGCUAUAUAUUAAAUAAUUUUGUUUAACAUAUUUAAUAAAAUACCACAAAAUGAAUCUAUAUUUAUACAUAUAUGUAAUGUCCACCUGCCGCUGCUGCAUUAUUCCCUAAAAAGACACUCUAUCUCAACUCAAAAUUAAAUUUUGACGAUAUAUUGCGAAUUAACUAUAAGCAACUAAAUAUUUAAAAGUCUGCAUAUCAUUUUGACAAUAACUGUUCAAACAAAGAAAAAAGAACACAAUUAUGCAAAAUGCUUUAUAUUACUGCAAGUCGAAUCUCUUUCGAGUUACAAUCUUAGGCUAAACUCAGACAUUCAUUUUCAAAUCUAGGCUAUAAAAAACCCAUUUUGUUAAAUAUAUAUUAUUUUACACACUAUCAAAUGCUUAAAAAAGGUUUCGCUGUAAUAAAGAAAAUAUGUCAUUGUACCAACUUAGUCUACCGAUUACCAAAUUAGACAAGAAAUGUAUCAGUUUUAGUACUAAGCUGUAAAAUUGUUUUAAAUCCAAAUGAAAAACAAAAAUUCAUAGAUUUAUAGUGCCAUAAAGUAAUCUGCCCUGACAUUUGUGAAAUAUACAAAGACAAAUUGUUACUUAACUAUCAGCAAAUUUCGUUUGAAAAAAAAUGCUUGCUUUCUUGUUUUUUUUUUAAUUUAUUAAUUUUUGAUUUUUCUAUCAAGAAAUUUUUUCAUGUUUUUGCAGGUACCAUUUUCUUAAAGUGCUUCUCUUAUUUUACUAAGAAUAAAUUUCAUAAUUUUCUGAACUAGUUAUUGUGGGUCGUUUUUUGAUAUAGAUGCAAAAGCCUCCACAAAUUUAAAAAGUUAUUAAAAAUGAAGAAUAACAACUUUAAAUUGCACCUAAAAAUAUACAUAAAAUACACACAUAUAACACGAAUCAAAUUUGAAUGCUUCUUUUCGAAGGUGAAACUAAAGAAGACACCAUCUAUUCAUUUUUAUACGGAUUUUUCCUGUUGGGGAAAAAGGUUCUUUUUUAACUAACCCCUGUUGUCCUCUUUAACACCAAAAAAUCUACGUUUUCCCAUGCUCUAAAAGUAAAGAUCUCAUCUUAUUAGUUAUUUGUGUUUCGAGUAGAAUAAAAAAAAUAUGUUUUGGUUUUUAGGCGUGUAUUAGGCAAGGUGGCUUUGAAUUAUAUCACCAUUUUCUUUUGGACAGGCCCUAACAUCUGUACUAUUGAACGAAUCCAUAUGACUUUAACGGGAAUGUUGAAAACGGCUCUAUUACUAUAAAAAUUGACCAAUUAUGGUCAAAAAAGCAAAAGGCUAAAAACUUAAUUUAUACUUUAGAAUAAAUAAAUAAAGCUUUUAAGGCUUAUUUUCUUAAUCAUGGAAAUCAAACUUGUGUUAUAAUUGGUGAUUUUUGUAUAAUUAGUAUUAAAAUACAUAAGUUUAAUACCAUUCAUCUUAUCCAAUAAAAGAUAUUAAUUAAUUGAAACGUUUCUCUUGCAACGAAUCAAUUUAAGAAUCGUUGAGCACAAUCAUGUUAAAUAAAAAGAACUAAUAAAAUAAACCACAUUAUGUCAGCUUUUUAAAUAAGAUAAAUUACAUUUGCUUACGAUAUAAAAAGUUUUUGAUUUUCUGGUACAGCUAAAGUCUAAUAAAGAGAAUAAUUUGGACAGAUUUAGGCUGUGGCCGAAUUCAGCGCCA